GUGCCUUCCGGGUCCUCAACCUUGCAAAAUUUGGAAUCCCGUUCUCGUGGGAAGUUGCUCCCUUUGGGUUUGGCUGUAGGGCAAGGAAGUUUCGUUCUUUUUGGUCUGGGAAUUGAAUGCAAGGGCGUUCUACCACUAAGCUACAUGCCCAGCCCUUUUUAUUUUUUAUUUUGAGACAAGGUGCCGCUAAAUUGCUGAGGAUGUUAUUGAACUGGCGAUCCUCCUGUCUCUGCCUCUAGAAUCCCUGGGAUUACAGGCGUGCGCCGUCGGGUCCGGCUAUCUGGCCGUGAACAAGAAACUGAGGAGAUAACAAGUUGUUGUUUGUCUAGAUUGUUGAACACGCAGAAGAAUUAGUUUAAUCCGUCCAUUGGAUGGGGAUUCUGGAAACUGCGUAUUAAAAUCCAUUCUUGGCUGGAAAUUGCAUUUAAUUUCCAAAGUAAUUAAGUGCUUAUUUUAACUGUGUUUAGGCUCUGAAAAGAGUAUGGACUAUUGUUAAAGUCCAAGAAAACUGAGUUUUAUUUAGGAAGUCUUAAAGAACUUUUAGAAUAAUAACAAGCAAUUCCAAUUUACAGCUGAGCUGUGUAAAACAAAUUGACUUAUUGGAAGUCAUAACACGCUUCACCUUAGGAAGGGCUUUAUAAUUACCAUGUUUGGGGAGAGAAGGGUUAGUACGGUAUAUAUGGGUCACUGAAAAGUUUGGUUUAUCAGUUUAUUUGGUUUAUUUUUUGAGUCAAGAGAAAAUUCCAUGCAUACGAGGUCAUGGAAGAUCUUGAAGAUGCAACAAAUAUGAUUAACUUUCAAAUUAUUUUAAAGCUUACAUUUUAAAGCUGGGCCCUGACUGGGAAAAGAAAUUAAGUCGGCACCGAGCAUGGUGUGCCCUGCCUGUAAUCCCAGUGAUUGGAGAGAAUGAAGCUGGAGGAUUGCAAGUCAGCCUCAGAAAUUUAGUGAGACCCUUUCUCAAAAAAUAAAAAGGGCUGGGGAUGUAACUCAGUGGUGCCCCUCAGGUCAGUCUCAGUACCUCUGUCACCAAAUUGGCAAGUGUCAAGCAAAGAACAGUGGUGAUUCAAUUAGUGAACCAAGGAAGCAGUUUGGAGAGAGAGAGAGACAUAAAGAGUAGACAUAAUUUUUAAAAGAUUUAUUUUGGGGACGGUGGAGCACUCUAUAAUCCCAACUAUGUGGGAGGCUGAAGUAAGAGGUUUAAAUUUUGUGGCCAGGGAUGCUUCCUUUCCUAGGAAGAAGAUAUAAUAAAGGGGCAUCAUUUUUGGUAGUGGAGUUACAAGGAAGUAAUGGCCUAGGUAAAGCCUGCAUUGCGUAUUAAUUUUUAUUUCCUUUGCCCUCCGUUCCUUAUGGCACCUACGUGCGUCUUAACUUUUUCCAGACUCACGUCGCAGGGCAGUAGUUUUUCCCUUAGGAGAAGCGCCAGUGUUUUUCUUUCUUUCCUUUUCUUUUUUUUUUUUUUUUAGUUGUAGAUGGACACAAUACCUUUAUUUUAUUUAUUUAUUUUUACGUGGUGCUGAGGAUAGAACCCAGGGCCUCACACGUGCAAGGCAAAUGCUCCACGGCCGAGCCCCAGCCCCGCGCCAGUGUUUUUCAGAGCGAAACCCCAGUACCACAGACACCUGAAUCACAGGGUCCAGGGUAAAAACGUGGAUUGGGGCGGUUCUCCCGCUGCUGCCAGGUCAGCUGAGCGGGGCUCCGCUUCCCGGGACUCAAAUCCAGGCUGGGCUGCCCCUCCCUCUAGAACUCCCCCAAGGCCCGCCCACCCCGGGCUCCCGAGCGGUCUUGGCGGGAAGGCGUCAGCUGCUAAGCGGUAGAAAGAUGUCGUGGUUAAGCGCGGAGGCGGAGGAGAAGGCUUGCUCCAGACAGCGUAACCAGGUGAAGGUGAAUGAAUAUAAAGAAAAUCAAAACGUCGUUUUCGUAUCUCUGAGACCAGAACAGACUACAGUUCUAGGAAAAACAGCUAAGGUUUAUCUUGCUCCCUUUUCACUCACUAAUUACAAGUUAGGUCAAUUUAAGUGCCCCAAAUCCCUAUUAGAAAAGAAUUCUAAUGAUGCAGUGAUGUGUAAGAAGUUUAAAAAGACUCAAUUAAAGAAAACUUGCAAAAAAAAAUUAAUUCCAAAAAUGAAAGCCAUAUCUUCCAAGGCAGAAUCUACUCUGCAAAAAUCAUCCUUAGAUGUUCAUGCUGAAAGUAACAAACUAGAACACAAGAACAGUUCAGAUGCCGUGAUUUGCAACGUUGAUAUGGAAAGCAGUGAUGAAGAUACCACACCUGGCCUGGAUGAUUUUUCAGGAUUGUCACCAUAUGAAAGGAAGAGACUCAAGAACAUAUCAGAAAAUGCAAACUUUUUUGCUUCUCUUCAGUUGUCUGAGUCAGCUGCAAGGCUCCGUGAAAUGAUAGAGAAGAGACAACCUCCUAAGUCCAAGAGAAAGAAGCCUAAGCAGAGAGAAAAUGAGAUUGGAUGUAGAAGGUCAAUGCGAUUGCUAAAAGUGGAUCCUUCAGGAGUUUCAUUACCAGCAACUCCAACACAGCCAACAUUAGAAGAAGAUGAAAAUCCUUUGUUACCUCCUGGGCCUUUAGAAAUGAUUCCUGAAAAUCAAGAUGACAACAAUGAACUAUUUAAAGAAUUUCUGCAGACAUGGGGUGAAAUGAACAAGACAAGUCGUAAGAACACUGAAAAGGGGCUGUUCAGCAUUAAAAGCUACAAAGCCAAUUUAAAUGGAAUGGUUAUUAGUGAAGAUGCUGUUCAUAAAGUUACCAAUGGCUCAAUAUUCUCUGUGGCUCUCCACCCAUCAGAAACUAGAACUUUGGUAGCAGCUGGGGCCAAAAGUGGGCAAAUUGGACUUUGGGAUUUGACCCAGCAAAGAAAAGAAGAUGGAGCAUAUGUUUUUUAUCCCCAUAGUCAACCUGUUAGCUGUCUUUACUUCUCACCUGCCAAUCCAGCCCACCUACUGUCACUGAGCUAUGAUGGCACAUUACGAUGUGGGGAUUUUUCCAGAGCUAUUUUUGAAGAGGUAUAUAGAAAUGAAAGAAGUGGCUUUUCCUCCUUUGACUUCUUGACAGAAGAUGCUUCCACUUUACUAGUGGGACACUGGGAUGGAAAUAUGUCACUGGUGGAUAGACGGACACCUGGAACUUCUUUUGAGAAACUAAUUCGUUCUUCUUUGAGAAAAAUAAGAACUGUUCAUGUCCACCCAGUGCACAGACAGUAUUUCAUGACUGCAGGGUUGAGGGAUAUUCAUAUUUAUGACGUCAGGCACCUGAAACUCAGGGGAAGCCAGCCUUUGAUUUCUUUGACUGAACACACAAAGAGCAUUGCUUCUGCCUAUUUUUCACCUGUUACUGGUAACAGAGUAGUGACCACAUGUGCUGAUUGUAAGCUGAGAGUCUUUGACAGCAGCUGUAUUUCUUCCCAGAUUCCUCUCCUCACCACCAUCAGGCACAACACUAUCACUGGACGAUGGCUGACCCGGUUCCAAGCCGUGUGGGACCCUAAACAAGAAGAUUGUAUCUUAGUUGGCAGCAUGGCCCAUCCACGACGAGUGGAAAUCUUCCAUGAGACAGGAAAGAGGGUGCAUUCUUUUCUUGGAGAAUGUCUUGCCUCUGUGUGUUCCAUCAAUGUCAUGCACCCAACUCGGUAUAUUCUGGCUGGAGGUAAUUCCAGUGGGAAGUUACAUGUUUUUAUGAAUUAAGAAAGCUACUUAGUUUCUAGGUAGGUAUACCUAUUUGUUCAAAUUCAUCACUGUCUAAGAAACCUAAUGAUACACAUAGCUUAGUGUGUUUACUUGGUGUUAUAUUUAUAAAAUAUAAAAUUGCUUUAUUAAUAAGAACUAUGAGCAGAAUAUACUAAAUUUAGUAAGGGAGAAGCCUCAGAAGAUGCUUCUCAGGCAUGGAGAGGGAAUUUGAGUAGAGGCUGAGAUGCUUUUAGCACUUUUAAUCAGGCAGUAUGUUGAGAAAGUCUAACAAGAUAAAUUAUAAAGCUUGAAUGAUCAGUAUUAACUUUUUGUUAUAUAAUGAUAGUAAUUUUUAGUCUACAAUGAUAUAUAGAUUUGUGGUUUAUUUUCUAAGUUUGUAGUGAAUGUUUAUUUUUAGGCUUAUAUGCUGGAAGGAGUCCUGAAAGGUCUUCUAACUCAAUGAUUUUGAAACUUAGUUUUUAAAAACAAGAACUUUUUUUUUUUUUUUUUUUUUUUUUUGCACCUGCCUCUCAGUUAAAUUUUAUAUAAGCCGGGCAUGGGGGCGCACGUGUAUAAUCCCAGCAGUUUGGGAGGCUGAGACAGGAGAAUCACAAGUUCAAAGCCAGCCUCAGCAAAAGCAAGGUGCUAAGCAACUCAGUGAGACCCUGCUUUCUAAAUAAAAUAUAAAAUAGGGCUAGGGAUGUGGUUUGGUGUUCAGAUGCCCCUGAGUUCAAUUCCUGAUACCCCACCCCCCAAAAAAAAUUUAUAUGAAAUGCCAAGAAAAUUGCUAAGAACAAUUUAGUCUGGGUAUGUGGAGCCUUGCUUUUCCUCUUCCUCUGAACGGCUUCUGAGACACAGCCAAGGAGGAUAGUCUAGGAGAGGGAUCUGAGAAAUAUAGGGAUCUGCCAUAAUACCUAUAUUCCAAUGUAAGACUAGGAAUUAUAGCUCUUGAUAGGAAGUCUGUUUAAUGGUCAGAGGUUAGAAGUAGUGUUUAAAAAAAAAGGAAGAAUUACUUAAGAACAGAAAACAUAAUAAGAAUAAAUAUUGUUUUAUAAAACUUAGUUAAUAUGCAUAUAUAUGUAGGUUUAUGUUUAUGUAUAUACUGAUGUAAAAAUUUUUUAAUUAGAAGUGAAUGCUACUGCCUUAGUAUGUCCCAGAUGCCCUAGUCUGUCUGUCUUUAAGCUCUUCAGAUUUAAUAGUCUGAAUAACUUUAAUUUCUCUUCAUAUUUUGGGACAUAUCAUACUACUUUUUUUUUUUUUUUUAAGAAAUUGUUUUCUCAGAAGUUAAUGGUAAUUUCAAUGGGCCUGCUGUUGGGAAGAGGGGUUGCUAAAUCAGUUACUAAUAUUACUGUGUAACAUCUAUUCAGCUUUUUCCAUUGUUCUUCAUUGCCAAAGUACUACUGAAAGACUUGUAACUAAAAGCUUAGACAAUAUGUUUGAAUUAUAAGAAUUAGGAAAUAUUAUCUUCUCAUAAUUGUAUAGCAAAGAAAUAAAGUGAGUAUUUUCCUUGAA